GCGCCUGCGCACUGGACCUCUGUUGUCCGCCGCCGAACUUCCCGGUCUUUGGGCCUAAUUGCCCCUACGUCUGGUGCCGCAUCGGUACUACUCAUGUCCGGACCGGUCUGACCGGCCCCAUGCAGGCCACUCUGGUCAGCUGGCCUCUGGGCCGUGUCUGAUUUGAUCCCGCCCUUCCUGGGGGUGCCCCCCGAGCGCCAAGGACUAGGGGUGCGUGUCCAGGCCGCACCCUACUGUCCCGGUUGCCCCAAGCGGAGCUCACCGUGCCAGGCCCAAACCCAAGACCCCAGUGCUCACAUCCACCCCCCCACAUACAGCGACCCUGUAUGGCAGGUGCUAUGUGCCCCCUCACAGAUGGAGGGGAUGCAAGGGCCAAGGAUGGGGACGCUGAGGGAUCGGGGGCUUGUGGCCCACAAGGCCACCAACCAGAGAAAAACUAGUUUCAGAAAUGAGCUAGAAACGUCACUUGUGUAUGAAGCCCAUGUCGCCAAUUGUAAGAUAAGUAAGUUUUAUCGGCAAAGGUGUGUAAACCGAGCAUUUCUUAUCGGUUAAAAAAACCAGCAAACCUCCAAGCCGUGUGUUCGCAAACAUCUUGGUCUCUGCCUGCGGGGUAGAGGCUGGGUCACAGUGAGGACCUCUGCUCUCUGCUUCGGAGCAGAGGCUCUGAGACGUGGCAAGCCAUGGACCCCCCUGAGAUGCUCGUCAAGGACCCGUAUGCCCAUGUCAGCAUCCCGAGGGCUCACCUGCGGCCCGAGCUGGGGCAGCAGCUGGACGCGGCUCCAUCCUCCUUGGAGUCUCAGCCUCUGCCCGUGGGGUCCUGCACCCUGGAGCCUACCGAGGAGGCCCCAGGGCCCAAGGGUGCCAAGGGGCCUGCCUCCAUCCAAGGCCAGCAGGCCUGGCAGCAGCCCUGCACCCCCUAUGGCAGUGGGCAGGGCCAGGCAGGACUGACCUACGUUGGCCUGCCGCCGAUGGGGUGUGGCGGCAACACUGCCCACCACUGCUGGUGCUGUGUCAUUUCCUAGCCUGGCCCCUGGGCCGCAGGGCCUGCUGCGCGGCGCCCCCACACGGCAAGCCGGGCCUCUGCUCAGGUGGCCACAGCAGUGCCUGGACAGUUGCAACAGCCACUGGCCUGUUGUCAUGGGUGUUGGCUGCUCCCCACCCUGGACAGCGGCACCUACCCACCGAGAAGGCUGACAGCUCAGCCCCCGCCCCUGAAACAGAGCCCUGGGCGUUAGCCAUAAUGGCAGCCCCGGGGACACCCUUGACCACCUCUUCAAGGCCCAGGGCCAGGCAAUAAAGCAGGGCGAGCUUCGUCCCGGCCCCUCU